AUGGGAUCAUAUUCUAAUGUUGAGUUAAAUGAAGAUCCAAAUAAUCCUAUUGAUAAAAGGAAAGUAAUUGGAUAUAAGACUAAAACUGUGAGUGAACCAGUAUAUGAGGAUGAAGUUAACAUGCAAAUGGAAGCUAGUAAUGAAAUAUCCAGUACUAAUCCUAAUAUCAUUUAUAUUCCAAUUGAUGCAUGCAUUGAGGAUUAUAAUAAAUAUAAAUUUUGUGCGUAUAUUGAUAGUGGUUCUUCUACAUGUUUUGGAAAGAGAUCAUUAUUCCCAGAAUUCUUGUGGAAAAAGGCUAAAAAUCCUAUGCAAGUUAGAAUUGCUAAUAAUAGUGUCAUGAUGCAUACGGAGAUAAUUGAAGAUUUAAAAAUAAAAAUUGGAGGAGUUCAAUGUGUUAUUCCUAUUUUAUGGGCAACUGAUCAACCAAGUCAUGAUAUGAUAAUAGAAAAUAAUUUUCAAAGCCAGCGUGGUGAUAGGGUUACACCUACACAACAAGAGGUUGCACUUAGAAUUUCUGAGUGUGAAUCAUCAUUAAUAGAUCAAAUUAAUAAGCAACAAGAAAAGUUAUGUGAAAAAUUAUAUUCAACAAAUCCUUUAGAACAUUGGGAAAAGGAUAAGGCAUUUGCUAAGAUAACUCUAACAAAUCCAAAUAAGAUUAUUAGAGUAAGACAAAUGGUUUAUACCUACCAAGAUAUAUUAGAAUUCGAUGAACAAAUAAAAGAAUUGUUGAAUAAGAAUUUAAUUAGGAAUAGCAAGAGUCCUCAUAAUAGUCCAGCGUUCAUGGUUAGAAACCAUGCAGAAGAGAAACGAGGUAAAGCUAGAAUGGUCAUUAAUUAUAAGCAACUAAAUGACAAUACUGUUUUUGAUGGCUAA